GUUUCUUGACGGCGCGAACGUAGCUCCCUCUCUUCGUCCAGAUCUUCCAUCUAGCUUGUCUUCGUCGGCGUGAAGUUCCUCAGCCACCAGUGAUCAGAUUCCGACCAUAGUGCUUCGCCAGAAAGAAGAUUUUGCGCGUGGAUUACUGUUCCUGCGAGUCGCAUGUUUUCUCUCGGGUUGGAGCUUCUUUCCAGCGUCGCAUCUCCAGAAUCAGGAACCCCAGAACGUGACAGAGCAGAACGCCUGAGUUCCGGGUUUGUUGAAGAUUUUUGUGGUUCGUUCAGUGAAUCUGAGUUCAUCUUGAAGCUUGAGGGAACCAUAUCGAUAACAGUUGGAGUGUUCUCUGCUGUUCCCUUGUGUGACGGCAAGGAGAAGACAAGUUUUGCCCGAGAUUUGUCUUCCUUUGCAACAUUGCUUGAACUUGACCCGGAGAUUGAGAGAACCUUUUGGGCUUUAAGAAGACAAGCUAGGUCUGCAGCAACUUGUGAGAGAAGUAUUUUAGAGAUGGAUAAUAAGAUAACAGAAGGGGAUCGAACUAUGAAAGAGCUUGCAGCACCAGAUGUGGCUUAUAAGUACUCAUGCAUCACUUAUCCAGAUUUGGCAGGAGAUUUUGAACUCAGAUCAAGACUUAUUCAUUUGCUUCCCAAAUUUCAAGGCUUAUCAGGAGAGGAUCCCAACCGCCAUCUACAUGAAUUCCAUGUGGUUUGUUCAACCAUGAAGACACAGGGGAUUUCAGAAGAAGACAUUAAGUUGAGGGCUUUUCCAUUCUCUUUGACGGGAGCAGCUAAAGACUGGUUAUAUUGCCUUCCAGCUGGAUUUAUUACAAAUUGGAUUUAUAUGAAGAAGGCCUUUUUGGAGAAAUUUUUCCCAGCUUCUAGGACUGCAACUAUCAGGAAGAGCAUUUGUGGUAUUCAACAAGUAGUGGGAGAGACUCUUUAUGAUUAUUGGGAGAGAUUCAAGAAGCUGUGUUCGAGUUGUCCACAAAAUCAAAUUAGUGACCAGCUCCUUGUUCAAUAUUUUUAUGAGGGUUUACUUCCCAUGGAUAGGAGCAUGAUAGAUGCAACAGCUGGAGGAGCUUUGGUGAAUAAGACUCCAAAUCAAGCAAGAGAGCUAAUUUCAAAUAUGGCGGAAAACUCACAGCAAUUUGGGAGUAGAGCUCUUGGUACUAGAGUGGUUAAUGAAACUCAUUUGGUUUCAACUGAACAACAAGAAAUUAGGAACAGUUUGCAAGAAUUGACUUCUCUAGUAAAGCAAAUGGCGUUGCAAAAUUCGAGUCAUGUUUCAAAUUUUCCUUUACCAAUGAUGAAGUUGUGUGGAAUUUGUGCAAGCCAGAUCACUCUUCGGAUCAUUGUCCUAAUCUACAUCAAGAUGAAUCCGUUGUAGUCAUUUCAAGACCUCAAUUUCAGCAACACAAAUAUGAUCCCAACUCUUCAACUUACAAUCCGGGAUAGUGGGAUCACCCUAAUUUGAGGUAUGGGAAUGCAUUUUAUCAGGAACAACCACAAGGGCAGAUUCAUCAACCAUAUUAUCAGCAUCAACAGAAUCAACUUUAUUACCAGAAUCAUCCAGCAAGUCAUUCACAGCAAUUUCAGCCACAUCAGCAGCCUUAAUUUUAGCAAAACUUCAGCCAAAAUCAACAAUUUCAACCAUUUCAGAAUUUCCAGCAUUCAAAUAUUGUAAGUCAGCCAUAGUUUCAGAAUUCACAAAAUCAGCACACAAAUUUCUAGCAUGUUCAGCAACCUUUGCUGCAUCAAAUCAGCACCAAUCUCAGCUUGCACUGCCUUCUUCUACAAGCCCAAGAUCAAUGCAACCUCAGCAGAACUUUAGCAGCUCAAAAAUUGAGGAUUUGAUGCAGCAAGUGCUUCAACAGCAGCAGCAGAUGAUGCAACAGCAGCAACAUCAGCAAAGGACUGAUACAACACUGCAAAAUAUUGAAAGGCAGAUUGGGCAGCUGGCUAGUAAUAUUAAUCAGAUGCAAAAUCAAGGAUCUGGACAAUUGCCUUCACAACCGACUCCAAAUCCUAAAGGAAAUGUGAGUGCAUUAACUCUUCGCAGUGGUAAAACAAUUUCAGACCCAAAUCCGAAUUUUUCAGCAGGAGCACAGCAGAAUAUUUCCAGGCCAUUUGCAUCUUCGAGUUCACAGAAUUUCCAGAAUUUUUCAGCGAAUUCAGAGCAGCCAGAUUCUGCACAGCAUGGGAGUAUUGGAGCUGAUCAGCAACAUUUUAAUCGACCUGCAACUUUAGAAUCCGAUCAAUUAGAUGGAGCAGAUUUCGGCUUGGAAUUUACUCCAACAGCAGCUUCAAAUUCAGCUCCAAAUUCAGCACAGAAUCUGGAAAAUUCUGCACAGAAUCUGGACAGCAAUAUUACCCAACAAGGAGCUGAGUCUUCCAUUCCGUUACCUUUCCCUCAAAGAAGUGUACAACCAAGAAAAGAAAUGGAGGAAGAAAAGGCUAGGGAAUAUCAAGAAUUGGUGAAAUUAUUCAGCAAGGUUGAAGUGAAUGUGCCUUUGCUUACCAUGAUCAAGCAAAUUCCAAAAUAUGCCAAAUUCCUCAAGGAUCUUUGUGUGCACAAAAAGAAAUUAAAAGGGAAUGAAUUGAUAAGUAUGGGAAAGAAUGUUUCAGCAUUACUUCAGCUAGUACCUCAGAAGUGUGAAGAUCCAGGAGUUUUCACCGUGCCUUGUGUGAUAGGAGAUUGUAUCUUUGAGGAUGCGAUGUUAGAUCUUGGAGCUUCUAUUAAUGUGAUGCCUAAAUCAGUUUUUUAGUCAUUAAGAAUUGGACCUUUGUAGCCUACAGGUGUAGUGAUUCAGUUGGCCAACCGUAGUCAAGCACACCCAGCAGAAGUGAUUGAGGAUGUAUUGGUAAAAGUGAGGGAGUUAAUUUUUCCUGCAGAUUUUUACAUCUUAGAUAUGGAGGGUGAUGUGAUUGCAAACAGGGCUCCGCUUAUUCUUGGACGUCCAUUCUUGAAGACUGCUAGAACCAAGAUAGAUGUACAUGCAGGAACUCUUUCUAUGGAGAUAGGAGACAUAGUGGUUCGUUUCAGCAUUUUUGAGGCUAUGAAGCAUCCUAGAGAGGAUCAUUCUAUACUUAGCAUGGAUAUCUCGGAGGAGUUGGAUGGCAUGGAGUUCUUGUCAGAUAUUGAUUCAGACUUAGAGGUUUCUGAUUUUGGUAUGGAGAAUGAAUUCGUUGCAUUGUUGGAAGAUAUUUUAGAUGUGGAAUCUGAUGUUAACUUAAGUGAAUGCGUAGGGGAUUGCUUAGGAGAAGCAUUACCCUUAGGAUCGCUCAGAGAGGAAGAGGUAUGUGUAGGGGAUUGCUCAGCAGCACUACCCCCAGAAUCACCUACUAUUGACCAGACACAGGAGGAAUUGAAGCCAUUACCUCAGCAUUUGAAGUAUGUCUAUUUGGGAGAGAAUCAGCAGCUACCUGUCAUCAUAGCUCAGAAUUUGGAACCGGAUCAGGAGGAACGAUUGCUAGAGAUUCUGAGACAGCAUAGGAAGGCAAUUGGAUGGACUCUGGCAGACAUUCCUGGGAUCAGUCCUUCCAUUUGUAUGCAUAAGAUUCAUUUAGAGGAGGAUGUGAGGCCAGUGAGAUAGCCACGGAGACGACUGAACCCUUUGAUAUUGGAUGUGGUAAAGAAGGAGGUGACUAGACUCUUACAGGCUGGCAUUAUUUAUCCGAUUUAUGACAGUAAAUGGGUCAGUCCCAUCCAUGUGGUUCCGAAGAAGUCAGGAGUGACAGUGGUAGCUAAUGAAGAGAACGAACUGGUGCCCACGAGAGUGAAGAAUUCUUGGAGAGUAUGUGUGGACUAUAGGAAGCUGAACCAAGCAAGCCGAAAGGAUCAUUAUCCACUUCCUUUUAUUGAUCAGAUGUUAGAGUGGCUGGCAGGUAAAUCCCAUUAUUGUUUUCUUGACAAUUAUACUGGUUAUUUUCAGAUUUGCAUCGACCUAGAGGACCAGGAGAAGACUACCUUCACCUGCCCUUUCGGUACAUUCACAUAUCGUAGGAUGUCAUUUGGACUGUGCAACGCUCCAGGUACUUUUCAGCGAUGCAUGGUGAGUACUUUUGGUGAUUUAUUAGAGCAUUGCAUGGAAGUAUUCAUGGAUGAUUUUUCUGUUUAUGGUUCUUCUUUUGAUGAAUGUUUGGAAAAUUUGUUUCGAGUUUUGAGUAGAUGUAUCGACACGGAUUUGGUUUUAAAAUUUGAAAAGUGUCACUUUAUGGUAGAGCAUGACAUUGUUUUAGGUCAUAUAGUCUCUAGGAAGGGAAUUGAAGUAGAUCCUGCUAAAGUUAGUGCUAUAUCUUCUUUAUCUUACUCCGCAUGUGUGCGGGAGGUUCGAGCUUUUCUUGGCCAUGCAGGAUUCUACAGGAGAUUUAUUAGAGAUUUCAGUAAGAUUGCUCUGUUAUUGUCUCAGCUGCUUCAGAAGGAUGUUCUGUUUGAUUUCGAUCAGAGGUGCAGAGAGGCUUUUGACAGAUUGAAGGAGGCUCUUACUUCAACACCUAUUAUCAGACCCCCAGACUGGUCCUUACCUUUCGAGUUGAUGUGUGACGCUUCAGAUUAUGCAGUGGGAGCUGUACUAGCACAGAGAGUGGAUGGAGCACCACAUGCUAUUUGCUACGCUUCCAAGACUUUGGACUCAGCUCAAGCAAACUACACAACAAUAGAAAAAGAGCUUCUUUCUAUUAUUUUUGCUUUAGAUAAAUUCAGAUCAUAUCUUCUUUGUUCUCAUGUGAUUAUUUUUUCUUAUCAUGCAGCUUUGAAGUAUCUCCUCAAGAAGCCUGAUGCAAAGCCUAGAUUAAUUAGAUGGAUGCUUCUGCUUCAAGAAUUCGACGUAGAGAUACGUGAUAGGAGUGGGAAGGAGAACUUGGUUGCCGAUCACUUGAGCAGGAUUGAAGGAGACGUGGACCAUUCAGCUAUUGAUGAUGAUUUCAGGGAUGAGCAGCUUCUACAGCUGCAGGGUGAGUCUCCAUGGUUUGGAGUACCCAGGGCGAUCAUAAGUGAUCAAGGGUCUCCUUUUGUAACAGACACAUGAAGGCUUUGCUACAUAAGUACGGGGUUACACAUAAAGUUUCUACAUCAUAUCAUCCUCAAACAAAUGGGCAAGCAGAAGUGUCUAACAGGGAGGUGAAAUCAAUUCUUGAAAAGACUGUGAGACCGGAUAGAAAGGAUUGGAGUAAGAGACUUGAAGAUGCACUAUGGGCUUAUAGGACUGCUUUCAAGACCCCUAUAGGAAUGUCUCCAUACAGGAUUGUGUAUGGAAAAGCUUGCCAUUUACCCGUGGAGAUUGAGCAUAGGGCGUAUUGGGCGGUUAAAGCAUGCAAUCUUGAUAGUGAAACGGUUGAAGAAGAAAGGAAAUUGCAACUUCAAGAACUUGAAGAGAUUAGAUUGGAAGCUUAUGAGAACUCACGGAUUUAUAAAGAAAAGACCAAGAGAUUUCAUGACAAACAAAUUGAGGUGAAAGACUUCCAAAUUGGUGACAAAGUACUUUUAUAUCGAUCUCGUCUCAAAUUGAUUAAAGGUAAGUUGAGAUCUAGAUGGGAAGGACCUUAUUGUGUUACUAAUGUUUUCUUUUAUGGAGUGGUUGAGAUCCAGGAUAUGUCUACUAGCCGGAUUUUUAAAGUUAAUGGAUAAAGGCUUAAAAAGUUUCAUGAAGGAGUUAAGGGCUUGGUGGUGGAGGAAAUGGAACAUGUUGAUGCUAUCUACCCGAGUCAGAGGGGAGUUUCACUUUAUCUUUUGUUUCUUUGCAAAUGAAUAAAUUUUUGGUGCUAGUAAUGUUCUUAUUUGUUUAGGAAAAGUGUCGGUUUCAUUUAGAAUUUUCUUGCAUAAAUAAAUUUUGAAUCUCAUUAGUAGUUUUUAUUUUUACAUAGUUAUAGUUUUGGAAUUUAGGUUUUAUGUUCAUGAUAGUUACCAUUUCUUUGAGUUUGAUAGUCUUUGUUUUAGGAAUAAAUGGUACUUCCUUCUUUUGACAUUUCUUUGUAUCAUUUUUAGGGAUUUGAAAAGGAAUGUUAAAUUUGAUUAUCAUGUUUAAAGACUUUAUGGCAUGAUUGAACUCUAGGAUUGCAAGAGGUUGAUACUAGUGAUGGAUUCUUUAUUGAUGGAAUGGUAUGAUAACUUUUAUUUACCUAGUGAGGUUUGAGCCUAUUUUAAGUGAUGCACUUGUAGCUUAUUUCACUCUAGAACUUGCUUCAAAUAUGAUUUAUACCUUUAGAUCAUUGUUGAGUCAUUUUUAUGAAACUUACUCCAUUAUCACAUUGCCCUCACAUAUUUUUGCUAUUUCUCUUGUCAUGAAUCAUCUUAUCUUUAUUCUUUUCUCAUGUUCUAUUUCUUUGGAUGUGGUUAAUUUGGAUAAUAUGUGAUGAUUUUAUUUGGCCGGGACGGACAAAUGAGUAAGUGUGGGGGAGGUGUUUAGUUUGGAAUUGGAGUUCUUUUGAGCUGGAAUCAGAAAUGUAUUAAGCUGGAAAGAGGAAGCACAGUGGCAGUUGGCUGUGUUAUAUUGUUUCGGUAAUUGAUACAUUUGAGUGUGAGAAGAUAUAUUGUGAUCAGCUUGGAAUUCUGGAAACUGAGUAGCUGUGGAAAUCUGUAGGAAUUCAGGUGCGGAGCUGAAAUCUUGUGUAUCAGUUUUAGUAUCAAAAUUAGAAUGCAAGAUUCUAAGUGAAGGAAGUUUAGUUAGAAUUUGAGAAGAUGUUGAAACAAAUGGUAUACAAUAUUUUUAUUGCAUAUGCAAACACAAGGAAUGAUGGCUUCAGAAUUUAUUCUGGGCACAAAAGAAUGCCGGAACAAUUCAGUGAGGAAAUUGAAGGAAAGGGGCAGCAAUUGAACUAAUACAGUGAGGAAAAUGCCAGGAACAAAAUUCAGAAAAAAAAUAAACAACAACAAACUAUGCAACUCUGAAUUAUCAGACUUUGAAAACCUUAGGAACUCUUAAGAUUCCAGCAGCAAUUGUUAUUUAAAUCUUGAUAGCACUCUCAAUCGACUGGAAGAAUUCUGGUAGUAGUAACUUGCUGAAAUUCUGAAUUUUCAGCAACUUCUAAGUGAUGUUAUUAGCUGAAAUAAGAUGGAAAUCAAGCUAUUUUUUGACUUAAAUGAUUGUAAAGAUCAGUGAGUUGUUGCAGCAUGAAGUGAAGCAGCAACAUCAGGUGAGGAUACUAAGUAUUAAGUUGAAAAUUUAGAGAACGGUGAAGAAGAUUGUGACAUUCUGUGAAGAUGAAGUUGAGAGCUGUUGGAGUAUUAAAAAAAAAAAUCAGCAAUGGUUUCAAGGAGAAGAAAAGCUCAGCUGAAGUGUUGAAAUUCGAAGUAACAAAUGGGACGUUAGCAUAAAUAGCCUCUACAAAAAUGCAAUUCAAUCACUGAAAUCUAGAAAUGGCAAGUCAUUUGAUAGUACUUGAAAGGCUGAAUUUUGGUGAAUGAGAGGAGUAAAAGAAGACAAUGAUAGCUCUCAAGUUGGGAAGUGAAACUCAAUUCAAUGAAGAAUAAGUGAAAAUCAAAAGGAAGGGUGCUAGAAUGACAGUAAUGAUAGUGCAGAAACACAUAUUGUGCAGAUUUGCAGGGAAAUGGCAGUUUUGUGCCAAUUUGGAAUGAGAAUUGUGAUGAGCCAGGGCUGCUGGAAAAUGGAAGGUUUUUGGAUAUGCAUUGUAAGGGUCUGUAGAGACAAUAUGAAGGUGUAUUGAAAAUUUCUUGUGGCUAAACAUGUUAGAUUGAUACAAAGUUCAGCACUAAGACAAACUGAAAUCAGAGGUUGAACACAAACUGAACUAAAUUGUAGCCUGAGUUCGGGGCUGUUUGUAGCAGGUUAAAGCUCAAAGUGAAGCUGAAAUUUCGUGCUACUGAAAAAGAUGAGGUUAAGUAUGACUGCAGUCAAGUGCGGAGAGAUGUGCAGACAAACUGAAAUCAGAGCAUCCUACUUUGGGGAAACAGAACAGUCUUGUGCCAAGGAGAAAUCUGCUGGUUAAUGUCAACUUUCUGGUUAUGCGAAUCUGAAAUGAAUGGAACUUAAACCAUCAUUGUACAUCAGCAAAUGAACUAUCUUCAAAGGUCUACUAGCUAGGGAAACUGGGCUGGAAUGACUUGAAACAAAAUCAGAAAUUGAAAGGCAGAUUCAUGUUUCUAUAGCACAGAAACUAUUAAUUAUCAGAAUUUCAAUGUGAUUUUAAGGAAUGGAUGAAACUCGGAUCAUGUGAUGAAUCAAAUCAAAGAACUACAGAUUCGAUUGAAUAUUUUGAGGAACCUGCAAUUAGAGAUUUGCAGAAACAGGAUUUUAGUGCCAAAGGAAACAAGAGGAAGAUGUGAAGAGAAAUGAAGAAAAAAAAUGGAAGGCUGUAUAAUCUGCACUAUAAAU